AUGUUGCUGCUUCAGUGCAGAAAGGGAGCCUCUUUUCCUAAGCUAUGUAACUUGGUACCAAAUGGAAAAAUGAAGAUCUUCUUGGUAUUUCUAGGUCUGCUUGGUAAUUCUGCAGCUAUGCCAAUGUACAUGCCCCGAAUGCCUGGAUUUAGCAGCAAAAGUGAGGAGAUGAUGCGCUAUGGUCAAUUCAACUAUAUGCACCCCCCGCCUAUGGGCCCUUAUGGAGGUGGCUUCCAAAUCCCACCACCGUAUCCACAGUACCCAAUGCCCCCCAUGUGGCCACAGCCCAGUGGAUGGCAGAACCCCCCAGGACCCCAACACCAGACCAAGGCUGAUCCAACCCAAGAGACCCAGAAGCCCAACCAGACUCAGCCACAAAAGCCACCAGAACAGCAGCCUUUAAAUCAGCCACCACAAGACCCAUCCAAGGGCAAGGUGGACACCCAACCACCACAGCCAUUCCCACCAUUCAACAAUGGAUUAUUUCCCUAUCAACAACCCCCAUGGCCAAUUCCACAGAGGAUGCCACCCCCCGGUUUUGGACGUCCACCACUCAGCAAUGAAGAAGGAGGGAAUCCUUAUUUUGGAUUUUUUGGAUAUCCUGGCUUUGGGGGUCGUCCUUAUUACUCAGAAGAAAUUGAAGAUUAUGAAAAACCUAAAGAAGAAGAUCCUCCUAAGCCAGAGGAUCCACCAUCAGAACCCUCAGCUAAUUCAACAGUACCUGAGACUAAUUCUACCCAACCAGGAGGUCAAGGCAAAAAUGACACCAGUCCAACACUAAACAAUGUUCCUGGGCUGAAUACUGGGAACAACCCUACAGCUCAAAAUGGGAUCUUCCCACUCCCUAGAGUUAACUUUUCAGGCCAGGUAAUACCCAGAAGUCAAAUCCCAUGGAAACCAAGUCAGCCAAAAAUUUAUGAAAUUUAUCCAAAUCCUAACAUGAGAAAUUCUCCUUCAGGAAGACAAUCAAAUCCCACAGGUACUGCCACUGGGCAGAGACAGUCUGGGUCUUUUUACCAAAGUCAACCAGGUCAAAGAGGUCAGGGGAAUUCCUUUGCUUGGGAAGGCAAACAAGCAGCUCGUCCCAGAAAUCCAACUUAUGGAAAAGCUUACACACCCACUUCUAGAGUCAAUUACCCCAAUUACGCAGGAAAUCCAGCAAAUUUCAGAAGAAAGCCUCAGGGGCCAAAUAAACCUUUUGUGGGAACCAGUGUUACUCCACUGAGUCCCAAACAAGGUACUGUUGGCCACAAUGAAAAAAUCCAAAAUCCAAAGGGAAAGUCUCUGGGUCAAAAAGAAAGAACAGUGACUCCUACAAAGGAUACAUCAGGCUCCUGGAGAAACUCUCAACAUUAUGGAGUUAAUAAACCUAAUCUUGGAUGGCCUCACCCUGAGGGUAACAUGCUAGGCCCUAAUUUUAAUUCUGCUAAUCAACAUGAAAACUCCUAUUACUCAAGAGGAGGAUCCAGAGGAGUGCCAAAUUCUAAUGCACAAACCCAAAGCCAGAACUUUCCCAAAGGGGUUGCUUUAGAGACAAAAAGAAUCCCAUAUGAAACACAAACUAAACAGCCUGAAUUAAAGCACAGUACACAUCAGCCUAUCUAUCCUGAGGUAAUCCCUUCUCCUAAAAGUGAACAUUUUCCUGCUGGAAGAAAUACUUGGAGUCACCAAAAAAUCCCUCCAUCCUUUAAGGAAGAUCCUGGCAAGCAGGAAGAACAUUUACCUCAUCUUUCUCCUGGCUCUUGGGGAAAUGUUUUUUACCAUGAAUAUAACUCCUAUUAUCCCAGAGAAAACUCACCAUACAUUGGAGGUAAUACAUGGGAUGAGAGAGUUGAUUCUCCCAAUACUAUGGGGCAACCAAAACAUCCACAAUAUCCCCUCAAGACUGCAGACCAGAAAGAGACAGUCCAUUAUAAUGAAGAGGACCCACCUGAUCCAACUGGAGAUGAACCUUUCCCAGGACAAAGUAGAUGGGGUGAGGAAGAGUUGAGUUUUAAUGGAAGACCAACAAGUAGGCACUAUGAUGGUGGGAAAUAUGCCUUAAAUCAACCAAAGGAAUAUCUUCCCUAUUCCUUAGAUAAUCCAUCAAAACCCAGAGAAGAUUCUCCUUACAGUGAAUUUUAUCCCUGGACCCUGGAUGAGACUUUUCCAUUAUACAGACCAGGUCCCACUACAUCACCACCUAUGGACAGCAGGGGACAUUAUGUUAAUAAUGCCAUCCAACAAGAAGAAAGCACUCUCUUUCCUUCGUGGAACUCCUGGGACCACAAGAUUAAAGUACCGGGGCAGCAAGAAAGUGAGCCAUAUUUUAACAGAAAUUACUGGGAUCAGGCAACAAAUUUACAAAAAGUUAGCCUACCAAACCAGAAAGAGAACUAUCCCUAUUCCAGUAACCCUCCCGCUGGCCUCCAGAAAAACCCAACGUGGCACGAAGGUGAGAAAUUGAACUAUGAUAUGCAAAUGACUAGGUUAAAUUCACCAGAGAGACAGCAUUUGGCUUUCCUGGACUUCAUUCCUCAAAGUUACCUAUCAGAGCAAACAGAAGCACAUUUAUUUCACCAAAGCCCACAAAGUUCUUGCUGUGUUGGUAGCUCCACAGGGCCCAAUGAGAAUCCACUGGCUCUACAAGUCUACACUCCAUCCUAUGGUAAUACACCAGAAGAGAAUCAAAACAUCAACCCCACCUAUACAGAAAGUAGUCAUACCAAACAUGCAAGACCUAUUGUCUCCCCAGCAAACAUCCUACCUGGCCAAAGAAACAGCUCUGAGAAGAAACUGCCUGGGGAAAGCCAAAGCCCAAGCACUUUUAGAGAUGAUGUGCCAACUCUGAAGAACACACCAUGCUCUGUGAAUAAUCAACAGGGUCAAGUGGGAAUUAGAUCCUUUCCCAAAGCCAGCUUUCCUCAAUCAAAGAACACACCUUGUCUCAAAAAUGAUCUUGGAGGAGAUGGGAACAAUGUUCUGGAACAAAUUUUUGAAGGCAACCAUCUCAAUGAAAGAACUGCUGACCUUACUCCUGAGCAGCUUGUUAUUCGUACAGCUGAUGAAGGGCCCAAGUCAGAAGGCAUCCAAAAUGAAAUCCAAGGAAAGGAGGGUGAGCAGCAGCAACAAAGACCACCCAGUGUCCUGCAGGUACCAUGUUUUGGCUCCCAAUUAACAAAGCUUCAGUCUUCUAGCAUUGGAACUCCAUCUAUCAGUGGAAGACAAGGCCCAUUUGACAGGGAUCUAACUAUGCCUACUCAAAAUCCUAAUACAUUUGUUGGGCUAGCUACUGGGGAGCCUUUUAGAAGUAUAAAUAUAGACCAAGUUAAUGUAGACGGACAUACUCCAUUUGAAUCUUUUCAAAAAGGGACUGAUCCUCAGGACCAAGUACAAGACUGUGUACUACUUCAGGCCUAG